GUUUCUUCCAAUAGACCUGUUAUUUCUAUAUGCAAAAAGAAAUCGUAAAGUAAAUCCCAGAUCCCUUCUUCUAGCUUCCUCGGUUCCUUGCUCUCAUUCAUAAAAAAAAUCUUUAAUCUGAAACAAUACACAAACAAUCAGACAACAAUAAAAUGCAUCGAAUCUCUACCGUGAAGACGGCGCUUGCGACCAAGCAUGGUGGUUGCGCCAUGUUGUUGACGCAGCGGUGGCCGGAGGCUUGGAUCGGAGGGGUUGCGGUUUCGGCGGUAGCUGUGGGGGCGGAGGUUCUCGUCGGGAUUGGAGCGGACGACGUCGGAGGUCCGUGCGGCGUCGGAUUUGGUGGUCUUUGCGAAGAGAGGAGUACGGUUGGGAUGUUGCUGUUUCUAAUUAUCUUUGCUCCUUAUUUGAUUUUUAUGUAAUUGUGUUUAUAUUAUGAUUGAGUUUUUGGUUCAUGAUGAUGUUGUUGUAUCUACAGGUUGUUUAUGGUGUAAGUUAGGAUUUGUUCGUAACCUGUAAAAACAGAAGAAAAAAAUGUUGCUCUGAAAAAUUAUAGUCACGGUUGAUUCAAUUUAGAUUGGGGUUAGAAACUGGUUCCUUGUUUUAAUUGGGGUUAAAUAAGUUUUUGGUCCCUAUAAAAUUACCAAAUUUCGUUUUAAGUCCUUCAAAUUUUUCCUUCAAAUUUCAGUCCCUACAAAAUUUUCCGUCUAAAAAAAUGGUCCCUGACGUUAAAAGCCACUAACGGCUGCUGACGUGUCAAGACAGGUGGAAAUAUUUUAAACCAUUUGUUAAUUGUUUUAAUCCAGCGUGUUAUUAAAGGGACAAUCCACCCUUAUCUUUUCCCCUUAUUCUUCUUCUGGUCCCUCUUCUCUCUCAAUACUUCAUCGUGGUCCCUCUUCUUUUGCCUUUUCAUUCAAGUGGUCCCAACAGACAACUCCUGGUUUUGAGUGCUCCGGUCCCAAAAAACGACAAGGGAAUGGGGUUAUUUAAGGUUGUCUUUUUUACCAAAGGAAAAUUUGUAAGAGAUGAAGGGGUAACAUAUGAAGGGGGCGAUGUUUUUGCUAUAACUGGUCAGGACCCAGAUUUCUGGUCAUAUUUUGAAGCAUGUGAUUUACUUAAGUCUUUGGAUGCUUCAUUUAUAAAGGAAGAUGUGAAAAUGUGGUGGAAGUCCGAACAUGGCUCACUUGAAAAUGAUCUAAAACCACUUGUUAAUGAUGAGGAUGCAACAUUGUUAGCUAUGUGUGCUGAGGAGACAAAGUCUGAUAUUGAGAUAUAUACUGAGCCAAAAGAAAAAGAAAAUGUUAAUGUGGAGGAAAGUGAAGAUGGUGAAUCAAGUGAAGACUCUUUGGAUGGCAUACAUUUUGAUGAUAGUGAAGAGGAGAGGAUGAAUGAUAUUGAUGAAGAUGUAGGUGAAGAGAUCAACAAUUCUGGUGCAGGUGGAGUAGAAGAUGGUGCAGUUAUGGAUGGAGAAGAAAAUGGUGCAGGUGGAGUAGAAAAUGGUGCAGGUGGGAUACAUACAGGAAUGAUGACAGCAAAGAUGGAAAGGGAACAUUUAAUUGAUGAUGAAUACUUAACAGAUGAGCUUGAUAGUGGGGCAGAUGAUGAUAGUGAUGAUGGUAGGCCUUCAGUGAUAAGGUUUAGGGAUGAUGAAAAACUUAGAAAGGAAUUUAAGUUCAAGGUUGGAAUGGAAUUUUCAUCUCUGAAGCAAUUUAAAAAGGCUGUACUGGAACAUAAUGUGUUGAAUGGUAGGGAAGUUAAGUUUGCCAAAAAUGAUGGGGAAAGGUGCAGGGUUAUUUGUAAGGAUAAACAACAAUGUGGUUACACUGUUUUAUGCAGUAGAGUUUUGAGAACUGAAUCUUUCAGGAUUAAGACUUUAAUUCAGAAGCACAAAUGUGGAAGAAAGUUCUUCAACAAGAAUGCUAAUGCUGAUUGGGUGUCUAGAAUAAUUGUGGACAAGUUGAAGAACAAUUCAGGUAUGAAAUUGAAUGAGAUUGUUUCUGAUGUUAGAUUGAGGUUUGCCACAGAAAUUACUGGAUGUAGGGCUUUCAAAGCAAGGCAAAUAGCUAGAAGGGUUGUUGAAGGUGACUCAGCCAAGCAGUAUAGUAUGUUAUGGUCAUAUGGAGCUGAAUUGAGAAGGGCAUGUAUAGGUAAUACAUUUAAGUUGAACAUUUCUGGUUUGCCACCUAAGUUUGAAAGGUGCUACAUGUGCUUUGAUGGUACAAAGAGAGCAUUCAAGAAUGGUUGUAGACCUUUCAUAGGAUUGGAUGGUUGUCACUUAAAGAACAAAUAUGGUGGAAUAUUGUUGAUAGCUGUCAGUAGGGAUGCUAAUGAUCAGUAUCUUCCACUUGCCUUUGGUGUUGUGGAGACUGAGUGUAGGGAGUCUUGGAGCUGGUUUAUGAGGUUGCUUCUUGAAGACAUAGGUUCUGAUAAUAGGCGUUGCUUCAUUUCUGAUCAGCAAAAGGGAUUGGUGAAUGUAUUUGAGGAAGACUAUCCUGAAUUUGAGCACAGAUUUUGCUUAAGACAUUUGUAUGCUAACUUCAAGAAGAAGUUUGGGGGUGGUACACUCUAUAGAGAUCUAAUAAUGGCUGCAGCAAAGGCAACCUAUUUUGAAGAUCAUGAGGCUAAGAUGAAUCAAAUUAAAGAGGCAAAUCCAGAUGCCUAUGAAUGGAUGAAUGCUAUUCCCAAGAAUAAGUGGUGUAAGCAUGCCUUUCCCUUCUACUCUAAGUGUGAUGUUCUUAUGAACAACCUAAGUGAAUCUUUUAAUGCUAUUAUUUUGAUGCAAAGGGAUAAACCUAUACUUACCAUGUUUGAAUGGAUUAGGAACUAUCUAAUGGGUAGGUUUGCCACUCUUAGGGAGAAGGUAGAGAAUUACAAAGGAGUGAUUAUGUCUAAGCCACUUAGAAGGUUAGAUAGGGAGAUAGAAAAAAGUGCUAGUUGGCUGCCCACUUAUGGAGGUAGAUUAACAUUUCAGGUUACUCAUGUAAUGUUCACAGAUAGUUUUGUUGUGGACUUGGCAAAACAUACCUGUUCUUGUAAUUUUUGGGACUUGGUAGGGAUCCCAUGUAGACAUGCUGUUGCAGCCAUACAUAGGAAGGUAGAUAACCCCAUUAACUAUGUACACAAGUGUUAUCAUAAUUCUACCUAUGUAACAUGUUACAAUGAAGUUAUCAAUCCUAUUAAUGGCCAAAACAAAUGGCCAAAGACCACUGACCCUGAAAUCUUGCCACCUAGUUAUAAGAGAGGUCCUGGCAGACCAAAGAAAUUGAGAAGAAGAGAGGCUGAUGAAGAAAGUCAAACAAGGUGGCAAAGGACUAACACAAGUCAUAGGUGCAAGAUUUGCUUUGAAUAUGGACAUAACAAAAGGACUUGUAAGAAAAACAAACAGCUAGCAGUUAUUGUUGGUGAAGUACCAAGAGAUGUACCAAGAGAUGUACCAAGAGAUGUACCAACAGAUGUACCAACAGGUGUUGCACCCACCCAAGGAAGCCAAACACCUAAUGUGGGAACUUCUGGAGUCAAAAAAAGGGCAAGUAAUAGAACUAAAUUGGUUACAGUUAUUUUGGUUGAUUUUCUUACAAUUACAUUGGUUGCAGGCUUCUGUGCAAGUAGGAGGGAAAUCAAAGAAGUCAAAGUCUACUGCAAAUGUAGGAGGGAAAUCAAAGAAGUCAAAGUCUACUGCAAAUGCACCAACUUCUGUGCAAGCUAAUGAUGUGCCACAACAUGAAGCUGUAAGUGAGAAUCGAUUUUGUGAUGUUCAACCUGAAGAUGUGCCUCCUAGCAAUGAAGCUGUAAGUGAGAAUCAAGCUAAUGAUGUGCAAGCUAAUGAUGUGCAAGCUAAUGAUGUGCAAGCUAAUGAUGUGCAAGCUAAUGAUGUUCAAGCUAAUGAUGUUCAACCUGAAGAUGUGCCUCCUAGCAAUGAAGCUGUAAGUGAGAAUCAAGCUAAUGAUGUGCAAGCUAAUGAUGUGCCUCAUAGCAAUGAAGAUGUGCCUCAUUCACAAAACACUGUCAGUUCAGCUGAGGCAAUGAAAAAGUAUUGUGGAAAUACUUGAUAUUGCACCAUUGAGAAUUGAUACUAGUCCUGUCAAGAGUAAAAGAUCUGGCCCCAAGACCUUUAUUGGGAAAUGCCCCAAGGUUCCAAAACCUGUCAAACCAUCCAUUGCUCCAAAGGUGUCCAAAGCUGCCAACAAGCCAACUAUGUCAACUAUGAGUGACCCUGUGAAGGCAAUGAUAUCACCAAGGAAAAAGUCCAAUCUUGCUGCAUCUCCAAUUAGAAAGAGUGAUAGACUAAGGACUUUGAAGGCAAAAAAUAUACAGGGGCCUGGAAGGGAUCAAAAUGAUCCACUUGAAAUUCCUGAUGAAGACUCUACUGUGAGCAGUGCUAGUGGGAGAAAGCCAUGGGCUGACAUCCAAAAAAGCAUGACUCAGUGAUCCAAAAUUGUCCUACUGUUUUGUUAUUUACUUUGAAACAUUUGUGUGAUGUAUUAUGAACCACUUUUGGAUGUAUCUCUUUUGUUUUGAACUGAAUCUAAGAUGUAUUAUGAAGAUGUAUUAUGAACCACUUUUGGAUGUAUCUCUUUUGUUUUGUACUGAAUCUAAGAUGUAUUAUGAACCACUCUUAUGUUAUC